GGAAUUUUCAGCUCUAGGUGUUCGAUUUUGCGGAGCCUCUUUUGCGACAUCUGUCUGUUUAUUGAUUUUUGUGGUUAAAGAAAAAUAAAGAACAAAACAUCGUUGAAAACUAAAGAUUCGAAGGUCAAUUGUUAGAGACAAGAUGUAGUAUGAAACUUCACACCAAAGUGGCUGCAGUGCUGGUAGAAUAUACAGGACAGCACUGUAGCCAGUAAUAACAAAUCAAAUAAAAAAUAACAAGACUGUAAGAUACUACUAGAGGAGCCAAAAUGAAUCUCACAAUAGAAGAGUCAAACUUCCUGAGAUUUUACUUCCUGAAUCUGAAGAUUGCUUCACAGGCUGUCAAGGUAUAUUUUGAUUCUGUUCAUCCACCAGCUGGACUUGCCACUGAACUUGCCAAUAGUGAAGCAAAGUUGAAGGGACUUAGAUUUAUAACACAUCUACAACUGCAGAUUUUAUACCCAAGUAAUGCAAGUAAUGUUACAUCAGACAACUUUGACACAACACUGUUAAUUUGUCUUUUACGGAACCUGCCACCACGUCAGUCAGCCCCUGCAACUGGCUGGGAUAAUUUACCACACCCUGGUGAUACCAGUAUUGGUGCAGACCUUGCCAGAGUUAAAUGGUACAGAAACAAGUUAGUCCAUAGCAAUGAUGGGAUAUUGUCUUCAACAGAUGUCAUUCAGUACUGGGGAGAUUUAGAAGGUGCUAUUGGACGUCUCGGGGGUAAUAACCUGCUGAUGGAAUCCCAGUCUACAAAACAUAUUGUUCUAGACAAGUCCCUAACAGACAUUAUAACCAAAAUAAGAAUUAAUGAACAUAAUAUUGAAGAGCACAGAGAAAUGUUAGACAAUCUCCAGGUUGCAGUUGACAAACAAAAGACCAUCAAAGAUCAACAUGAACACAGAAUUCAGCAGCUCACUGAUUCUCUUCAGAAAGGAGUAGAUGAGGCUCAGAAACAUGCUGCAGAACUUUCUGACCACAACGAAUCAAUAGACAAAUAUACAGAGGAGAUUGUAGAAUGUAAGAAAGAAAUAGGGAAAAUAUAUACUACAAUUAAACUUAUACAAGAUGAGGUAAUGGACAAACAGAACCAGGUUGAUACUUUAACAUGUCUGUUAGAAAGGCUAGAAUGCAAAUAUAACAAAAAGUUCAAAGAAAUUGAUGGACAGCUUAUCAAACAUGAUGAACAAAUUGCAACAUCUGCAAAAGACAUUGAAGAUUUGAAGAAGAAACAACAUAAUACUGGUGACAUACCAGGUCAAAGUAAGCAAAAAAGACUUGAGGGAGAUACAAAAGCCCUUAUUGAAGAAGAUUUAAGAGAGGAUACAUUUGUGACUACUAAGGUGGUGACAGACAGCUUAUCAUUGUUGAAACAGGAUGGCGUCUUGUUAAUAACAGGACAUGCAGGCACAGGGAAAAGUCGGACUGGUCGCCAUGUCCUACAUAUGUUUUGCACUGGAGAUACUUCAUUCAAAUGUAUAAAGCUAAAUACAUUGAAUGAAUUGGAAGAUAUUGUCAGUAGAGAAGACAAUGUUGCGGUUUUACUUGAUGACAUUUUUGGUGAAACAAACUGUAUUUAUAAUAAAGAGAAGGAUGCACCAAUUCUUGACAAAGUUCAUGCAUAUGUUUGUAAAGGUAACAUUAAAGUCAUUAUAACUAUCAGAGAUACAGUCAAACGCCAGUGUCAAGAAGUGUUUGACAGUCAUAGAUUAUUCAAAUUUAACUUUAUUGAUCUAAGUUCAGACAGAUAUAUACUAAGACGGGGGGAGAAAAACACUAUUCUCACUAAAUAUAUGAAAACCGUUCGUCAAGCAGUACAUGAUGGCAAAACAGGGUUUGUAGACUGUAAUGGUGAUACGAUUUUAAAAUCGGACGAAGUUUGGGAUAUAAUACAGUGUAAUCCAGUCAAAGGGUUUCCUCUAGUAGUGUAUGAGUUCAUCCAUAAUGACAAAUAUUUUCAUCUUGGAAGCAAAUUUUUUGACAGUCCAACAGAAGCCAUAUUAGAAGACUUAAGGACAUUAAGACGUAAAGGUACAAUUCACAGCAAUGAUAAAGCAAAGUUUAUGCUACAGUAUGCAGUAAUAGUCUACACAGCAAUAAAUGAUAAUUGUAUUUACCCUAAUGAUAACUCGUGUGUUAUAGAGGUUCCAAAAAUAAUUGAUGCAAUCUAUGGAGAGACAAUAAAACUGAAAAAGUUCCACGUAGUGGAUGCAGUUAUGGAACUCAAAGGAAGUUAUUUGAUAAAUAUUCCCAAUCAAAGAUCUUACAGAUUACAUCAUCCAACACUACAUGAGAGUGUCAUCAUAUCUUUUGCCCUGAUUGACGAAGAAAAUAUAAACAAGAUCAUACCUUUAAUCAGCUGGUCAUUUUUCCUUAAGAUGGUAAAACCAGAAUCAUAUAAAGAAAAAGAUGGAGAGGUAGUAUUGAGAAUUCCAACUAACAGUUAUAAACUAUUGGCCGAUAGAUUAGCAGAGUUUUACAUGGCAGAAUUUACAUGUCUAUUUUUAAGUAACUUUAGUAAUACUGAAAUAUUCCAACAAGACUAUAGUCUCCUACUACCUUGUUUAUUUGAGGCUUUAGAAAAGGAAGAUACCAAAGAUAAACAUACUGAAAAUAUGAUCAGAUACAAGGAAAUGUAUAGGUUUAACAGUUAUUUUCAACACAUGAAGAGCAAAGAAUGUUUUUUUGCUCACUUACUUGAUACUUUAGCCACAUCAGAAAGUCAUUUAGAUGUAUAUGGUUUUGUAUUGGAUACAUUCAACCAAAUAAUCAAAACCAGCAAGGACUAUUACACCAUUUGUUACAUGAAAUUUGCAUUGAUUUCAUCUUUAUAUGCGGUCUGUUUUACUAAAGAUAUCAGAAGUGUUAAAGCCACAUUGAGCAUAGUUGAAGAAAACAAAAUACCUGUUUUGCUUGAUCAAGGUGUUAUACUAACCGAAAUACCAAACAUAAUUACCAUGUCUCAUGUCGAAGAUGGUAGUAAAACAUGUGUUUUUCUUACAUUAUGUAUAUGGAAUGCAUAUGAAGUAUUCAAUAAACCAGUGUUGGAGUUCUUACUUUCAAAAUACAAUCAGACUCCUUUUGAUAUCAAUUCAUUUUUUAAGUUGAUGUAUAGGGAUAAAUGGAUAAGAAGAGUGAUUUGUUAUAAAAGAAUAUUCCGGAGAACGCCAUCAUUAUCUCAUAUACCACUUAAAUGGCUGAUAGAAAGAUUUGCAGACCAGGAAUUAACUGAUGUUGACUAUAUCUUAGAAAUUGCUUUCAAGUACCAGAUGUUUGAUACAGUAGAAUAUCUAACAUCCAAAUAUAAAUCAAAUGGUACUGUUUCCUGUUUUGUAUCAUUUUUGAGAAAAAAUAUUGAUAAAGUUGACUGGAAUUUGAGUAAGGAACCCUAUAUCCAAGAACUGCUAAAUUUUCUCUUUACUAAAAUUAACAUUACUUCAAAAGAACUGAUUCCUGUUGUAACUUUAGUUUUACAGAAACAUCAUGUUCCUGAUUAUAUAUUUGAAGCUUUCCUACCAGUUUGCUUAAAUAAUACCACGAUAUUGACUUUAGCUUCCAAGAAUGGACAGUUCUAUGUUGUCAAUCAAAUAAUGGAAAACAGCCACUUUCAAAUUCAAUUAGACAUCCAAUCAGUAAUUAUUUCAGCAUGUAUGAAAGCAGUCAGAAAAGGCACAUGGCAUGUACACGAUCAUGAUCAUUUACGAGAUAUAGAGUUGGAGAAGUUAAAAAUAGUAAAAUACAUUAUUGGAAAAUUUGAAUUUGAUCGGUUGGAUAUUAAAGCUGCAUGUCAACAGGCUUGUGAUUCUAGAAUGUUCAAAAUUGUAGAAUGGUUUGUUCAGAACAUUGAUAUGACUAUGUUGGAUGUGUAUAGCAUUAUGGAUUCAACUUUGAAGUAUUCACAGCCAGAUAUAUUAGUAUGCAUACUGGAAAAGAUUGAAAUAGCAUGUUUGGAUAAAAGGAAAAUUUUGAAAUCUGUAGCUAAGCACUAUACUGGAAAAUGUUCUACUAUAAUAUUGAAAAUAGUAAGCACUAUCUGGAAUAGUACAGUGAAAAAGGAAGAGUUGAAAAUGCAGCAAAUAGUAGAUACUGCCUAUGAACAAAAAUGUUUUGGGUUAUUAAAAUGCAUAUAUAAUGCAUGUAAUUCUAAUAUAUCUAUAGAUGGAAGGACAUUACUAAUGUUAGCAUGUGGAGAUGAUCAGACGAUCUUGAACAUUGAUGAUGCUUUCCCCACGUUCAAUCCCCAAUUUGGAAGUAUGGUAACAUGGAUUCUUGAACAUUUUCAAAUAGACCCUUUGGAUCUGAAAUCAGGUGUGUUUAGGUUAUUAAGUCAGACCCGGUUUCAUAGGCAGCACAAUGCCAUGUGUAAUUUAGUAGUUUUUAUACUUAAAAAAUACUUAAAUUCCAUUAGUACAGAAGACAUAGAACUAAUGAUGAAAACAUCUCUAGAACAUAACUAUUAUGAUCUUGUGAACUGGUUUCUGGAAAAUAAAAACUAUUGUUCAUUUGAUAAACAACUAAUUCUGAAUAAAGCCUGUGUAUAUGCUGAGAUUCAAACCGUUAAGAUUCUACGUGAAUAUUUCUUUGCUUUGGACAUGACUCAAGCUAUGAUGUAUGCUUGUAAUUUAGAAUGUUCAUUCUCUGACAGAUAUUAUGGUUACAACCAUUUUUUGAAAGGUUUUAAGGAUGUUCAAACUUGGUUGAGUCUGUUGUGGAACGAAAUUGAUCACGAUUCCGUAGAUAUAGGUUUAUUAAUGAGUACUGUAUGUAAGAAGAAAGACGUCAGUAACGAAGUAAUGACAUGGGUACUUCUAAAUCUUCCUCAAGAACAAAUUCCUAUUAAAGAUGUUUUAAUGAGUUGUUGUCAACAGAGAAAAAUUAAUCAUGUGAAGUAUAUAUUUCAUACAUUUCAAAAUGAACAGCUUGACAUCAAUCAAGCGUUCUUUCAUGCAUGUGGAAAGCAAACUUCAAUGCUUUUAAACCGUGAAAUAGUUGAACAUUAUGACAUAAUGCUUGUAAAUUAUUUUUUUAAAAAGUUUCAUGACAAAGCAGAUAGUUUAUCUGUGGUCCUAAAUGCAUUACUGGAGAAAAAGAAGUAUGCUGUUAUACCAUACUUUCUCGAGGAAGGAUUUUGUGAGAACAUUAAAUUGAGGAAUCUUAUGAAAAACGCAUGUCAUCGUGGACAUGUAAAACUAGUGCAGUGGAUUUUAGAAAAUGUUGCCCAUGAAGAACUGGAUAUUGUAUCUGCAUUUAAUGAGGCUUAUGGUGCUAUAAAGCAUGCUAAAGGCAAUUCAUUUAAGAAACAGUGUGUCAUGUGUUUAUCUUUAAUGUGGCACUAUAUACAGGAUGAAGACAGGUUUGAAAUAGCCACUUUAUUAAAAGUCAUGACACCAGACAUGUCUGAUUCAGAAUCGGAUGCGGAUUCAGAUUCAGAUGCGGAAUUAUAUUUAUUUAGGGAUAUAUGUUUGUUUAAAGAUUCAGAUGAUUUCCUUGAUAUUCUGGGGACCUGGUUACUAUAUAUAAGGAACAUAAACCAGAGUAUGAUUUGUCAAUCCGAUAGUGCAAUGUAAAAUACUGAAUAAAAAAACCAACGUCAGAAACAAAAUGUAUUUGAUGGUCGAAGUAAAAACAAACUAAGGAAUAACAGUACUGUAGUUGAAAAGUUUCAGCCGUCAAUUAACGAUAAUUGCAGUCGCAAAUGUAGUUUCACUGGCGACACGUAUCGGAGGCAGUAAAACGGAUAUGUGUGACCGUCAAAUCAGAAUUGACGGCGGCAACUCAACUACAGUACUUAUAUACUUAUUAUAAUGCAUUACAAAAAGAAAUACUUCAUUAGCAGGAUAAGAGCUUGUAAAAUGUAUAAAUUUAUAAAGAUAAAACGAAAUUCCGCAACUCUAAAUAAAUGAUUUUUGGCGCAUUAACGUCAUGGCAAAACAAGGCGUCAUACAAACAAAAACGCUCAAAGUUUAGAUUAUUUUGAUACUUGUUCGAUUCAGAUUUGGACAAAAUCUCUUUGAAACGGCGUUUUGAAGCAGGUUAUGUUUAAUUUUCCGAUUAUAUUGUAUAAAACGAGAAAGUGUGGAUUCCAGCAAUUAAAUGAUGGCCCAAGGCAUGCUUAUUGUAGAUUUAACGGUCUAUGUUAGCCAAGAAAAAGUUGUUGUUGAAUUUAGUAAUUUUCGUCCAGGUUGAAAGACGAACAUGGCAACCGUGUCUAAAAAUAACACAUAGUGGUCAAACUAUAGUUUGGGCUUAUAUUUCUUAAUCUAUAGCAAUAAGGAAAAAAGACUGUGUAAAAUGGUCAGUGCAAUUCCUAUAUACCCUAAAUAUUUUGAGAAAUCUCCACACUUGCCCUUAGUAUUUUGAAUUAAAACGAGCUUGGCAUAUACAUUCCUUUGUUUCGAAAAUUAUAAGAACAAUGUUAGAGGUGUAAACUACGAAAUUAAUCAGCAUCUCGGAAUAUUAGAGAAAUAUCUAAUCACGUUUUGAAUUUAUUGCCCUUCAGGUUGCAUUUUGUAAAUACAGCUGUUUCACAAGACACAUCCCUUUUGGGAAGAUAUAUAAUAUUCAUCUGCUCAUAGAUAUAGUAAUUUGUUAACGUACUGGUUCCCAGAUAUGAUCUAUGUGUUUCAUCUCAUAGAGACAUAACUUGGAAUGUUACCAGUAUAGAAAAACAUGGUAGUGCCUAAAAUUGUAUUCUUAGGAGGUCCAAAAGUGGAGUUAGGGGUAGUAUAGAAUUUUAGUGUAAGUUUAAACUCUUAGAAGUUCAGGAAUAUAAAUGUUUAAAAAAAUAUGACUAUAAUAAAGCCUUUGUUGGCCUGGUGUUACCUUU